AUGAGCUCCCGGACGGAAGUGGUGCUAGCGCGCGAGGCUGAAUACCGUGUAGAGGUUCCACCACAAACAGAAGUGAGUGUGCGAUUAAAGAGCGGAUCUGCAGAGCUUUUUGGUGUCGAGCUAGCCAUUGAUCACGAGUACGUCUUUCGUGAUCGCAAAGUGGCAAUUUUUACAUGGUACGGAUGUACAUUGGAAGUAAAUGGAGCUCCUGAAGUGGCUUAUACGUCAGAAGAGACGCCUAUGGACAGUUAUCUUAACAUUCACUCACAGCUUCAGCGGUGCAGAGAACUGGCUAAGGCGAAACACGCCGCUGGUCCGCGUGUGCUUGUGUGUGGCCCCGUAGACAGUGGCAAGUCGACGCUUACGCAAAUCCUCGUCAAUUACGCGCUACGUCUGGGCGAAAAACCGACGCUUGUUGAACUGGACGUGGGUCACGGCUGUCUUAGUGUCCCAGGAACGCUCUCGGCUUCGCCAUUGGACAUGAACUCGCUCAGUGUCGAAGAAGACUUUGUCCUUACGAAUCCAUUGGCCUAUUUCUAUGGUCAUGCCAUGUCGUCUGAUAACGUCGAGCUUUUCCGCUACCAGCAGCAGCAGCUGGCAAAGACAGUCAAGAGACGACUUGAAAAUGAUGCACAAGUGAAUGCGUCUGGGUGUGUGAUUAACACGUGCGGCUGGGUGGACGGUGCAGGUUUCGAUCUCUUGGUUCAUGCCAUCAAGGACUUUGAAGUAGACGUGGUACUGGUCAUUGGUCAGGACAGACUAUACAGUCGCUUGCAAAGCACACUGACGGGAGUGCACGCAAACGGAGUAGACAGAUCAAUUGUAAAGCUGUCACGAUCAGAUGGAGUUGUCCCGCGUAAUAGCAAACUGCGUUCUGCUUUGCGCAUCAGCUGCAUCCGGGAAUACUUUUACGGCGCGCACUCGCUGAGUGUAGCGAUCCCCACACUUUCACCCUGCAUCAACGAGUUUUCAUUCGAUGACGUUUCAUUUUUCGCGAUCAAAGACAUGAAGGUGUCCGAUGUGAUGCUUCCAGUAGGCCAAGUGGAGACUCAGACCGACCGAUUGCGUGCAGUGCCUGUCGAGAAGACAGCUGACCUGGGGCACUCGUUGGCAGCUGUGGCACACCCGCCACACGGCCAAGGCGCGUCCUCUUCGUCGUCAUCAGAUAUGUCGUGGCUUCUCGGUGCCCCCGCAGUAGGCUUCGUUUUCAUUAAGGAGGUUCGUGUGGCAGAGCAGAAAGUGGUGCUGCUUGUUCCCUCACCAGGCCCGUUGCCAUCGCGCAAUCUCUUGGUGGGCUCAAUUAAAUGGAUGGAGUAG